UCCACCUCUGUUAUCUCCCUUGUAAUUGUUGUUGUAAUUUUUUUUCAAUUUCAACUGGAGCGGUUCGGCCCGGACGGUGAAAACUGAGAAUACCUUAUAAUCGCGUCGCCUCAAUGAAUCGCCGGGAAAGGCCGUGAAGCAAGUACUUGGCACCGCGAAAAAAUCAUCGAGUCGGAGCGAGAACAGUGAUUCCAGGAAGAACAACGGCCUGGAAAUCUGCAAUUUGUUUGGCGCUGUCGCGGAAAAUGUUACUGCCGUCGAGUAGCUGUGAGUGUGUUUGAGCAAACAAAACCGAGUACAGCGCAAAAUAAAGGGAGUUGUGGUGACGCAUGUCGCAGAUCGCUCCGUGUGCUUGAUCCUGUGACGUUGGAAGUGCUCCUCAGCCAGAAUCCUUGGCCAUAAAAACAAAAAUAAAACUCCAUUUCGCGUCCAAGGAGCGAGAGAGAAGAAAAAAAAUCGUGUCUCUACUCCUUGAAAAGGAGUUUGCUGCUCUCCCGCGCUCUCCCUGUCGCCCCUCUCUCUCUCUCUCUCUCUGUCUUGCCGCCUCGUUCGCACGGGUCUGGUGUCGGCCUUCCAGCGCCUUGCGAAUAAAAUUUAAACAAAAGUUUAAUUAAUAAUUUCUAAAUCGCCAGAGAGAAGGAAUCGCUCAAUCUCUCUCUCCCCCCUGUCUCUCUUGGGGGCACGGCGAAGGAGGCCAAAGGAGAAUCAAGAGGAAGCAGCAGACGCCGCCGCCACUCGCACCACUACAGACGCAUUUUCCUCUGUGGAAAUGUUGUGAUCUCAAGGCCUAGACCUGGACUAGAGGAACCAACUGGAAGCACACUUACCCCCCCAAACACCGAAGAACCACCACAGGGCUGAGGCAGCCACGACGCCAACAGAAACCAAAUCGCAAUGACUGAGCAGAGCAUAAUCGGGGCGCGGGCCUCCGUGAUGGUCUACGACGACAACCAGAAGAAGUGGGUGCCCUCGGGCAGCUCCUCGGGCCUGAGCAAGGUGCAGAUCUACCACCAUCAGCAGAACAACACCUUCCGGGUGGUGGGCCGCAAGCUGCAGGACCACGAGGUGGUCAUCAACUGCUCCAUCCUGAAGGGCCUCAAGUACAACCAGGCCACCGCCACCUUCCACCAGUGGCGCGACUCCAAGUUCGUCUACGGCCUCAACUUCUCGAGCCAGAAUGACGCGGAGAACUUUGCCAGGGCCAUGAUGCACGCCCUCGACGUCUUGAGCGGCCGGGUGGCCAACAACCCGGGGGGCCAGCCCACCAACGGCAAUGGAUAUGAGGAGGACAUGGGCUACCGCACCAUGACCAGCGAGGACGCGGCCAUUCUGCGCCAGAACAACGGCAUCGGUGGCCACAUCACGCCCUCCGCCCAGACGCCCACGUCCCAGACGAACCAGAACAACAUCCCCCAGAGCCCGCCGACGCCCCAGGGCCACCAUCGCACCAGCAGGAAUUCCCUCAGCGCCCCACCGGCUCCACAGCCCCAACAGCAGCAGCAGCAGCAGGCACAGAUGGGCCAGCCGGGAUCCCACUACGGACCCACCGGGAACGGACCAGCCGCCAACGGCCUGCCGCCGCAGGGCAACCCCCAGCAGAUUCCACCGGCUCCCCAGCAGCCCCAGCAGCAACAGCAACAGCAGCAGCAGUUCCAGCAGCAGCAGCAGCCACAGUACCAGCAGCCCCAGAUGGUACCAGUCCAGGGGGGAUAUGCGCCCUCGCAGCAGUACCAGCAGCCCCACUACGUGCUCUCCAAUUCUAAUCCCAAUCUCACUGUGCAUCAAUACCCAACACAGCAGCAGGCCCAGCAGCCGCCGCAGGCUCCCCAGGCCCCGCUCCAGAACGGCGGCAUGUACAUGGUGGGCCACGGCCACCUGCCCAGCUCCGCGAGCGCCAACAGCGUGGUGUACGCCAGCCAGCAGCAGAUGCUUCCGCCCCAGGCGCCGGCGAUGCCGGGCCCUGGCUACGGCCUGCCCCCCGGGGCAGUUCCGCCCCAGCAGCAGCAGCAGCAGGCGGAGAAUCCCUACGGCCAGGUGCCCAUGCCGCCGCCCAUGAAUCCGUCGCAGCAGCAGCAACAGCAGCCGCCGCAGCUGAAUCGCAUGAGCAGCCAGGGAGGCGCGGCGGCUCCGGCCCCACCGCCACCGCCGCCAAGCUUCGGCGGAGCUCCACCUGCCCCGCCGCAGAUGUUCAAUGGGGCUCCGCCGCCGCCGCAGCCACCGGCUCCUCCGGCGCCGCCUGCCAUGGGCGGGGGGCCGCCAGGAGCUGGGCCAGGUGGGCCGGGGGCACCGCCUCCACCACCGCCGCCGCCGGGGUUGGGUGGAGCGCCCAAAAAGGAUGAUCCCCAGGCCGAUCUCAUGGGCUCGCUUGCUUCGCAGCUCCAGCAGUUCAAGCUCAAAAAGAACAAGUCCACAACAUCUGCUCCCGAGAACAGCGGCAGCAGCACCUCCAGUGGCGGCAGCGGCAACUAUGGAACCAUUGGCCGCAGCUCCAAUGGCAUGGCCUCCAUGAUGGACGAGAUGGCCAAGACGCUGGCCAGACGUCGGGCUCAAGCCGAGAAGAAGGAUCCUGACCCCGAACCUGAGGUGAAGCAACGGCCCUGGGAGAAGUCCAACACACUGCCACACAAGCUGGGCGCCGGCAGCGGCUCCGGAGGAAGUGGCCAUGGCGGAGCCAACGGCAGUUCGGGUGGAGCUGGAAGCAACACAACGAACAGUGGCGGAGAGUCGCCCCGACCCAUGCGCAAGCGCUUCGGCAGUGCCAGCGAAGAGACCAUUCUCAAGGUCAAUGGCGAUGGCCUGUCCCUGGCCCUUUCCAACGGAGACUUGGACACACUCAAGGCUGAGAUAGUGCGCGAGAUGCGGCUGGAGAUCCAAAAGGUCAAGAACGAGAUCAUAGAUGCUAUAAAAUCGGAGUUCAAUCGAAGAUAGAUUAGCGCACUGUCGGGAUAAUGGCCGGGAGGCAUCCAUCCUCUCCAGGAAGCCCUCACGACUGCUUUUCCAGAACCAGGAGCCAGGCGCCAGGAGGGGAGCAGGAGCCGGAUGAUCGGCCACAGCCGGGCGUGUAAUUUAAGACAUUCGCAUAGUAUUCGGAGGUAUCGAAGCUCGCAACAUUUCUAGAAUGUUGACGUUCGAUGUGGGCGUGGCAAGUGCUCGGGGGAAGCGCAUAUUCGGGAGGCACUUGCUCUAGGUUAACACAAAAAACACAUCUAGGCUAACGCGAAAAACACAAAAACACACAAAUACUGAAGGCGGGGAGUUUAGUCAAAGUAAUUAUUUUAUAAUUUAGAUUGGGAGGAAGCUAACCGACUUCUUAGUUAUGUAACUACACCUACCUACUGUUGUACAUUAUUUUGCAUAAGUCUAUAAGCCAAUUUUAGUGUGAGAAGCACGCCUGCAAUGUAUCGGUAGCCCCAAAGCCCUCUUUCGUUUGUUCCUUCAACUCCUUAGUUUGUUAUGCUCCGCCGGGGACUCCGCCCUCAGCCCCCAGUCCCCAGCCCCCUGUUUUUGUACCAAAAUCAAAAUGAUCAGCGUUUGUAAUUAAACAUAGAACGUACUUCUUACACAACAUGCCACAAAGCAUACAUAUAUAGACGGUAUAUCUACGAUCGUACUCAUUAACCUACACCUAAAGGGAACUAGUAUUACGAACUCAAAUCGAAACGAAAACAAUUCCACAAACAAACGCGUCAUCCAUCAAGGCUCCUUCAAGCAUUUCCUCCAUGAAUCACGAAAGCCACGACAACUUCCUAAGCACACGAUCUCAUACGACUCAAUUUUAAGAAACCAACCAGACCAGCAAGUCUUCAGCGAAUCUUCAGCCAAUCAGUUAGAGAACCGGAAACGGAAACGAAAACGGAAAGAAUCAGAUAUCGUAACAGAAACAGUUCAAACCGGAAUUGAGCGUGGUGUUCAGGACUCGGACUCUUAGGUCGAGCCACUUAGCGUUAGAAUCACACAUGAAUAAUCCCCGAUCUAUACAGCGAAAUUAGAAAGCUAAAUUAACAAUCGACUGCUGCGUAUUAUGCAUACAAAUAAUACAUAUAAAGUAUAUUUAUAUAGAGGAACGCCACUGAUUAUUGUAACUCCUCAUUCUCCUCCUCCUCCCCAGACGAUCCUGAACAUAUGCGUACCAAUUCAACUUCCAUAUACGACUAAGACUUAAUAGCGAAAUUAUUGAAUGACGGGACAGGCCAAGAAGACCGGAAGUGGGUCAGGAAGUAGGAAGGAUAUCCGAUAGAGAUGCUUAGGCGAGAGGACGAGUUUAGUUCUUAAGGCAUAAACGAAGUGAAAUUGUUUAUUAAGUGGACGAAGAUGAAGAUUUAUUUAUACUGAGUGGGGAGGCGGCAGUGGAGUUGCCGUCUCAGCCAGUAGUUGUGUAUAAUUCGAAUGCAUAUAUACAUUUUAAUUUUUGUAAUUUAACAAUAAUUUUUAUAUUGACUGUGCGACGGUUGCGGCGAUAUAUGCGAGUAUAUAUAUAGAGUAUAUGGAAUACCUAGUUAUAUGGCGGCCACACACACGGUUAGGUGUGUAUGUAAAUGUUAUGAUUUUUGUAUUUUUAUAUAUGAUCUUUGCAUUGCGACCACAAUGGAAACAAUUUAAUAUUAAACACACGUAAACUAUUUUAAAGCAAGUAAAAAACGGAUGCGCGCGGAUGCAUCAGGCGCGCAACUUUUUAUGUAUUAAAUUAAAUAUAUUAUACACUUAUAUACAACCAGAAUAUUCAAUAUACAUACGUGAAAG